AAAUCGGUAUGGCUGGCUUUAUCACAGAUUUGAAUAUAAUUUCUAACCUUAGCCCUUGCCAAAAUGUAAUGUCUUGAGAUUUAUUAAAUCUUAAACAAAUGUUCAAACCUUUGGUUCAGUCGACUAUACCCUUAAUUAAGGCUACUACUCGAAAAGCUUAUAAUAGUCAACUAAAGACGAUAUUGUCUUCAUCAACUAUUUCUCGUACUGCAACUGCCUCCAUUGGAUACUCAACUAGUAGACACUUAUGGAGCCGAUUAUAUACAACUGAUACAACAACAGAGCACCAGACAAGUCCUGACGAAGAAAUCAUCAAAGGAUCAGCAGAAGUUUGUGAAUUUAAAACAGAAACUAAAAGGCUUUUAGAUAUUGUAGCUAAUUCUCUUUAUUCUGAAAAAGAAAUUUUCGUUCGUGAGCUUAUUUCAAAUGCUACUGACGCUCUCGAAAAACUUCGUCAAACACAAGCAACUGAAUCAAAUGUUGAAAGUGGGAAACCUCUCGAGAUUAGAAUUAGUUUAGAUAGAGAUAAAAAUCAGUUUGUCAUUCAGGAUUUCGGUAUUGGUAUGACUUUGGAUGAAUUGCAUGAAAAUCUAGGUACCAUUGCUAGUUCAGGAUCCAAGAAAUUUUUAGAAAAGAUGGACAAAGAAGGGAAGAAAGAAAACAUCAUUGGUCAAUUUGGUGUUGGAUUUUAUUCAACUUUUAUGGUUGGAAAGGUAAUUACUGUUUAUACCAAAUCUGCUCUUCCCGGAUCUAAAGGUUAUUGUUGGAUUACACACGGCAAUGGUUCUUACACUGUAGCAGAAGCAGAUAAUGUUGCUGUUGGAACUAAGAUUGUUAUAGAUCUUCGAGAAGAUUGUAAAUUUUAUUCUUCUGAACUUGAAAUAGAUACGAUUAUUAAAAAAUAUUCAAACUUUGUCGGUUUUCCUAUUUAUUUGAAUGGAAAAGAAGUGAAUACCAUAGAUGCAUUAUGGACUAAAGAUCGUAAUAGCGUGACUCCAGAACAGCACCAACAAUUUUAUCGAUUUAUUGCAAAUGCCUGGGAUGAUCCUCAAUAUACAUUACAUUUCAAGACAGACUCUCCACUUUCUAUUGCUUCUGUGCUUUACAUUCCUGAAAAACACAUGGAGUUAUUGGGUGAGCAACUAAAACCUGGUGUCUCUCUUUAUAGUCGGAAAGUCCUGAUUCAACCUGAAUCUGCCGGUAUCCUACCCCAUUAUUUACGUUUUAUCAAAGGCGUUGUAGACUCUGAAGAUAUUCCCCUGAACGUUUCUCGAGAACUCCUUCAGGAUAAUAUCUUAUCUCGUCUUCGUAUGAUUAUGACCUCUAAAGUUCUCAAAUGGCUCGACAGUGAAGCCAAAAAGGACCCUAAGAAAUACAAUGCUUUCUUUUUAGAUUAUGGACAAUUUAUUAAGGAAGGUGCCUGUACAGAUGCAAUGCAUAAACGUGAAAUUAGUAAACUUUUACGAUUUGAAAGUUCUAAAACGGAACCAGGUACAAUGAUCAGCUUAGACGAUUAUGCCAAACGUAGUAAAGAAGGACAAAAACGUAUUUAUUAUUUGUUGACACCCAAACGCAAGUAUGCAGAGGAGAGUCCUUAUACUGAAAUGUUUAAAAAAAAUGGAGUUGAGCUUUUGUAUCUCUAUGAGACAGUAGAUGAAUUUGUUGUAAAUCAUUUGAAAGAAUUUCAGGGCUAUGAUCUCGUUUCUGCUGAUUCUCCUAAGGCUGCUGCCGAUCCUAUUUUACAAAACCAUCAUGACGAUCAAAGUGACAUUUUAUCAGAUAAUGAUGCACAAGAUCUUGCUAAAUGGGUUAAGAAUACGCUGGGCGAUGAAGUUGUUAAGGGCGUCGAUAUUUCUCGUAGACUUUCUUCCUUCCCUGCUAUUGUACUUGAACAUGAGAGCCCUGCUAUGAGAAAGAUGAUGCAAAUGAUGCAAGGUUCAGCUAGAAUGGAAGAACUUCCUCCUACACCUACUGUUUUAGAAAUCAAUCCUGAUCAUCCCGUUAUGAAAGGCUUGUUUAACAUACGUCAAUCAGAUCAAAAGCUAGCUAAAAUGGUCAUUGAGCAAAUAUAUGACAAUGCCUUGUGUGCUGCAGGCGUUUUGGAUGACCCAAGAUCAAUGAUUACUAGAUUAAACAAAUUGUUAGAAAUUACAAUUCAUACGGUAGAACAAGAUAAAAAAGUGAAGACAUAAGGUGAAAGAUACUUUUCUUUUUAUUUUUAUAAAUAUUUAUUUAAAAUCAAAUUAUAUAAUACAUGUAGCAUAAAAUAAAUUUUAUUGAAUAUUGAUAUUUAACAAGUAUAGACGUAAAAUAAUACAUACAAUUAGUUUUCCUAUUAGACUUUUUAUAAUCACCAAAGAGAAAAAAAAAAGAAUAGCAUCAAAUUUUCAUAUUAAAAGGCACAUUAUACGCUAUAGAAUUUAUCCUUAUAAAUCCGAUUGUGUAUAGCAC